UAUCUCAGUUAUAUUUAAGAAUUCGUUGCAAUAACAACUGUCUGAAAAUGAGAAUAUUUAUAAUUCUGUCAUUGGUGGCGUUGGCGGUUGCUGACAUAACGUACUUCACUACAGCUGAUGAUAAUAUCGAUCUGGAUACGCUGAUGAAGAACUCGGAGCUGGUCAAAUGGCAUAUGGACUGUUUCGUCGAUCGCAGGCCGUGCGAACCCUUCAGUCAAUCAUAUAAGGACAACAUGGUCGAAGCUGUCUCUACUGCCUGCCGGAGAUGUACCCUAGCCCAGAAGAAUAGAUGGAACAAGUUCUUAUCGGGACUCAAGCGUGAUUAUCCGUGGGAAUAUGAGGCUUUCCAGAAGAAAUACGAUCCUGAUAAUAUUUAUAUGGUCACCUUUGAAAAUGCAGUAGCAGAUUACUAGAACUUGUAAUACACGACGCUUCUAUGCAAACCAGUUGAGUUAUCUUUCUUAGCCUUAAAUAUAUGUUUCAAGUUAACUCACAUUACAUAUAUAGAAAUACCUGGACAUGAAAAAUUUAAUCGUACAUUUAGGGU